AUGUCGCGCGUCGACGACGACGUCCGCGACGGACUGUCGACGGACGCGAGAGCGUCGGACGCGAGCGAGGCGCCGAGAACGACGGAUGCGCUCAUUCGAAAGCACGGUGCAUCGACGGACGCGGCGUUCGGACACCGACGCGAGGGCGGACGGAUGACUUCGAGAGAGUUGACGUGGAAGCUGACGCGGCUGGAGAAGUGCGCGGAUGCGCUCAGGGGUCGAGGGAAGGCGGUGAGCGCGAAGCUGGAGCAACAGAUGGCGUACGUGCGGGACGCCGCGGACGUCGCGGCGCGCGAGGAGCGUCGAGGGCGGGAACGGGCGAGCAUGGAGUUUGAAACGAUGGCGGUGCGAGCGGAACGAUCGCCGUUGGGGAAGGCGCGGAGCAUGGGGGGUGAGAGGCGGACGUCGGUGGAUUUCGAGAGGUUCGCGCACGCGAGGGAGGCGACGCCGAGCGGACGGCGCGCGUCAGAGGUGGAUGACGCGGCGGCGGCGGUGGCGCGGACGUUGGACGCGAUCAAUCACGAACACGGUCUCGGUGGUGACAUCAAGCGCCAGUGGUCGGAGGUCGGGGUGAGAUCUAACGGGCAGAGGCAGUUGGACGCGGCGCUCGGGCGGGAGUCAGAGCCAAAGCCGAGACGCGGGGACGAGCAGACGUAUUAUCGACGGGCGACGCGCACGACGACGAAUGCGAUCGGUAGGCUUUUUGGUCUAUCUUCCAAGGAAUCGGAUGAGAAAAAUGACCGAGGUGGGGUUACGCAAUCGGAUGACAGGCCUCCGGCGAAGCGCCGCGCGUCCUCUCGCGGCAAGAAGACAGAGCCGAUCAUGGUUGACCUUCUCGAGAGCGAAGAAGAGCGAGGUGAGGAUGAUCUGGAGACGUCGACGAAAGUCCUUGACUCGUCGGAUGCUGUGACGACGUCUGGCGAUGAAUUGCGUCGAUCGACGCGCUCGAGUAGGUACCGGUCGCUUCAAACAGAGUUGGGUAAUUUAUCCACCAUGUACCCGGACGCCAAGGUAAAGGGUGCGGUGCAGAUCACGCUGGGAGACUUGGAAAACCUGAAAGACGGUUCGAUGUUGAACGAUCAGUGCGUUGACUUCUUUUUGAAGUACGUGCAGAUCGAGACUAUCGGGAAACAGUUUCCCGACGUGCUCUCAAAAGUGCACUUUUUCAAUAGUUUUUUUUAUCAAAAGCUCGCGCAACGCAACGAUUUAGAAUCCGGCGUGGACGCUGCAACGGCUUCGCACGCGCGUGUCAAGGGCUGGACCAAGGGUGUGGACGUUUUCGAGAAGGAAUUUCUAUUGAUACCCGUACACAGUGGUUUACACUGGUCUUUAGCCAUCGUGUGCUACGCCGGUUUUGAUCAGAGCGAGCGAGAUCCGAUGAUUCUCCACAUGGACAGUUUGACUCAGAGCGGCGGUCACAACUCCGAAAUGGUGGCGAAGAAUGUGCGAAGGUACCUGAAUAAGGAGUGGGUUGCCCGCGGUAAGGGUGACGAGGAGGAUAAGUUCACUACGAAAACUCUGCCUUGCCUUCGUCCCAACGUGCCGAGGCAACAAAACGGAUGUGACUGCGGCGUGUUCAUUCUUGCCUUUGUGGAAAAAUUCCUAACUGAAAAACCGCAAAUCUUAGAAGAAUCGCAAGUAAGGCUAGCGACGCAGAGGCGGAUUUUCGGUACGACCGAUACGGAUGUAUUUCUGCGCAAAAAUUGGUUCCCGAAUGAGUGCGUGGACGAGCUGCGGAUAAAAUUGACGGCGCUCAUCAUCGACUGUGUCGCGGCGUCGCUCGAGGACAACGACCUUUCAAAGAUAACUCUAAAAGAGGCGCGCAACCACCAUCUCAAGGAACUUGAUCAUAGACAACUGAUGACGAAGCGGGCUGAGUCGAGGGCCGAGAAAGAGCGUCAUCAAAGAAUCGAGGCGAAGGAGGAACAAGCGAGGCUUAAACUCAAGGCACAAACUUUGGAUUCCAACGAUGAGAAGAAGAAAGACGAGAACGCCGCCCAGGCCGAGAAUGAUGAAGACGAGGACUUUAACAUUGGUAUCGUCGAAGAUCACGACCGCUCACGAUCGCAACCGCGGACGUAUACGAAGACAACUCAGUCAACGUUUCUUGGCUCAAAUUGGAACAGGGCGAACGACAAGACAAGCGUCGGCGGGUCGUCCAAGAAUGUGGUAGCUUUCUCGGGUCAGAGCUACCGAGUCGGGAGUUAUAACUCCUCGGUGAAGCCAGCGAUGCCGAAACCCGGCGGCCCCGGAUCGAGCGCAUCGGAUCUCAUCAAAAGACACAACAGAUCCCAAGCACGCUUGACCGAGGAGCGAUUGUCAGAGCGAAAGGAGACGCAGCAAAAGAUUCAACAAUACACAUCCAGUGGCGGUACAGGCGACGAGAACGGUGAUCCAAAACCCAAAGCGAAGAAUGAAUCGACACUUCUCGACAGGCUCAGUCGCAUGCGAACCGCGAAUCGAAAUCAGACGGAGGUAGAAAACACGUAG